CAUGGCCGUCCCUAACGCUUGGACCGCACCGCUCACCACCUUCCCGCCGGGCCCACGCGACGACUCACGCACGGGGUCAGGAGAGGGGAGUGCCGAGAGCGUCGCGUCCCUGUCGCCGGAGCCUCUCGAGUCGAACUCCGCCGACGACCUGGCGGAGACGCCCGACAGCACCACGUCGGACGCGUCUUCCUCCUCUUCGGAAGAAAAAGGAGAGGACAACGACGCGAAGCCGCCCUACUCGUACAUCGCGCUGAUCGUGAUGGCGUUACGCAGCUCGCCGCUAGGGGCGCUGCCGCUCACCGGCAUCUACGCGUUCAUCGAGCGGACCUUCCCCUACUUCCGCCGCAACAAGCGGCGCUGGCAGAACUCCAUCCGGCACAACCUGUCUCUGAACGACUGCUUCGUUAAGGUACCACGAUCCUGUGAGCAGCCGGGUAAGGGCGGACUGUGGGCGCUCCAUCCGGACUGCGGAAACAUGUUCGCCAAGGGAAGCUACUUACGCCGCUCCGCUCGCUUCAGAAGCUCCAAAACAGAGGAGUCGCAGGACGGACGGGCCCUGUACUCGCUCAUGCAUCCGCUCUUCAGAGCGUCUCCCUACAGUACUACUAGUAACCCCAUCAUGGGUAAGGCAGCUCCAGAAAUUCGUCCCGUUCGCAGUUACACGGACAGUCAAACUACAAACGCAACAAGAGCAGAAGAACUAAGAAGACCAUCACCUACAGUACCGCAAAGCAACUCUGGCGCCAUCCAAUGCAGUCCCAGCUUGGUCCCAGGGCCCUGCACGCGGAGCUAUGGGAACGAGAUGUCGUCCCCGUCCUCAGAGCAUGCCGGCGGCAGUACCGCCCUGUCGCCGCCAGGGGUCGCUCCUUACCGCCCUGUGUCGGCCCCGUUCCCACCAGUUAUCCCCCCGCCUGCUCUCAUGCCGGUGUCACCCCCUACUAGACUACCGUCGCCCUACCUGCCGGGCUAUCCCUAUUGCUACGGGUAUCCCUUUUUAGUGCCUCUACCGUCUCUACGUCAGUGA